AUGACUGGGUCUACACUAGAUCGCAGGAUAUCCGAUGUGGAUAUCCUGUCUGAGAAGCAUGUCGUUGAAGAAAAAGUCAUUGAUUCACCACCCAGUGAAAUCGAGCAGGGUAUCGUGAAAGACUGGGAUGGCGAAGAGGCCUCUGUUAAGCGCAAAAUCGACUUCAUUCUCCUACCCGUCCUCGCUGUCGCCUUUUUUUCCCUGCAGAUGGACCGUGGCAACAUCAGUGCUGUCUUGACAUCAACGAUCACCAAAGAUCUGAACAUUACCACUAAUCAGGUCAACAUCGGCAGCCAGCUCUUGUCUGCUGGAAUUGUGCUCUCCGAAAUCCCUUCCAACAUUAUCAUGCAGCGUAUUGGACCUCGGGUGUGGCUAUCGGGCCAGCUGUUUGCAUGGGGUCUCGUCGCGACCUUCCAAGCCUUUGUGCAGUCAUAUCCGGCAUUUUUGGUAACACGCAUUUUGUUGGGUUUCUGCGAGGGAGGUUUCAUUCCUGGUGCUCUGUACUACAUUUCUACCUGGUAUAAGAAGGAUGAGACAAGUCUUCGGACAAGUCUGUUCUUCUAUGGGCAGAUGUUUGCCUCGGCUACGUCGAGCCUGAUCUCGGCUGGUCUGCUGAAACUCUCGGGUAGUCAUGGCCUGGAGGGAUGGCGUUGGAUUUUCCUUGUCGAGGGACUCAUCACUCUCUUCAUUGGAGUCGUGUUUACUCUUCUGGUACCUCCCAGCGUCGGCGAUGGUCGGCCUCUGAUCAGCUUCGGUCGCUGGAGCUAUUUCACCGAGCGCGAAUCGCACAUUAUCCGUAAUCGUGUGCUGUUGGAUGAUCCCCGCAAGGCUCGGGGCCAUAUUCAGAUCUCGCGCAGUGAUAUCUGGAAAACCCUCAAGCAGCCCCGCAUUAUGCAACAUGUCUUCUUGACUCUCGUGUCCAUGUCGGGCUUCCAGGGCCUGACCCAAUAUACUCCCAGUUUGAUCAAGUCGAUGGGCUUCAGUGCAGUUCGGGCAAAUGCACUCGCUUCCGUCCCGGUGUACUGCGGUAUUGUCUGGUUGACAGCCUUGUCUGUUGGAGCUGAUCUGACACAACAUCGUGGACCCUUUGUGCUUCUUUCUAUCACGUGGAACGUGAUCUCCUAUGUCUGCCUGCGAACGACUCCAUCUACCUCCUCAAAGUGGCACCGAUACGCUGUGAUCGCAGUAGCAAACGUGUCCUAUUGCAGCAUGCAUAUUCUGAACGUGGGCUGGCUAUCGGUAUAUUGCCGCACCCCUCAAGAGCGCAGCGUUGCGAUGGCUCUGGUGGUCAUGGCGGCGAAUUGCGCUGGAAUUUCCGGCUCGCAGAUCUUCCGCACAUCGGAUGCUCCUAAAUAUGUGCAUGGUCUUACCGCCAUCUGUGCCCUGGCGGGGGCUUCGUGGGCUCUGGCAGCAAUCCUUUGCGUACAAUAUUAUAUUCGUCGGCGCAAGGAAGAACCAAAGGCUGAGACAAAGCCCGACACGGUGGCUUAG